CUGCGUGUUGUGCUCCGCGAAAUGUUAAAAAUUUAUAAUUAAUUCAAAUCCUGUGUCGAUAUGCGAUGAAUAAUGAAGAAUUUGAAGAGCGUGUCGGUGCAAGUAAUUGACAGCGACAUAGCACUGCUGCUGCCGAAUGGUGUGUAUGAGAUUAAGCAAAUGGAGCCAAAAUCUUCCAGGUUAAGACGGAUAGGGUAUUUCUGCGUGGCCCUCGCCCUGUUUGGCAUCGUGGGCCUCGGCUACUUCUGUCCAGACAAAGUAUGUGCCCUUAGCAACAAAGAAGCAUCCAUAUCAUUAGAAGAUAGUAUGGGGAAGCCCUUAGCUCAAGCGAAUAGCAAAGUAGGUUUAAGCUACGACGAUAUGUUAAACGACGAUUUUUCCUUUGACAUGGACUCGCACGAUGUCAUGGUUUUCCUCCACAUGCAGAAAACUGGUGGCACAUCCUUCGGUAAGCACCUCGUCCACGACCUCGACCUGAAACGUCCGUGCACCUGUCCGCUGACGCGCAAGCGCUGCUACUGCUUCCGCCCCCACUCCAACCAGAGCUGGCUCUUCAGCCGCUACACCACCGGCUGGAAGUGCGGCCUGCACGCCGACUGGACCGAGCUCACCUCCUGCGUGGACGAGAAGCUCGACGAGCUCGAGGGCAACGUCGUCAAGCGCCGCUACUUCUACAUCACCCUGCUGCGCGAGCCCGUCGCGCGCUACCUCAGCGAGUUCCGGCACGUGCAGCGCGGCGCCACGUGGAAGGGCUCGCGCCACUACUGCCGCGGCCGCGCCGCCUCCGACGCCGAGCUGCCCCCCUGCUACCGCGGCCAGGACUGGGAGGGCGUCAGCCUCGACGACUUCAUCGACUGCGACAGCAACCUCGCCGUCAACCGGCAGACGCGCAUGCUCGCCGACCUCGAGCUGGUGGGCUGCUACGACAAGGCCUACAUGAGCAAGGCGGACCGCGAGCGCACGAUGCUGAUCAGCGCCAAGAAGAACCUGGAGUCGCUGGCGUUCUUCGGCCUGACGGAGCACCAGAAGAUGUCGCAGUACAUCUUCGAGGAGACGUUCAACCUGCGCUUCGCGGUGCCCUUCGAGCAGAACAACGCGACGGUGUCGAGCUCGACGAUGCCGACGCUGACGGCGACGCAGGCGGCGAAGAUCGCGGCGCUGAACAACCUGGACAUCGAGCUGUACAAGUUCGCGAAGGGGUUGCUGCUGAAGCGGUUCGAGAGGCUGAGGGCGAGGGACGCGGACUUCGACAGGCGGUACAGUCACCUGGGGGAGCUGAUGGGGCGCAGCGGGGUGACGGAGUUCGACUGGGAUAGGCUGGUCGAGGACGUUACGGUGGCGCACUAGGUGAGGUGCGGGGAGUAGGUGUAGGUUUUUUUUGGUUGUUGUUUGUCGUUUUUUGACGGGGGGUGGCUGCGGCCGGGGCGAAAGGAGGUGGAAAGAUGAACUUUUCGUGGAAAUUGAUGUGUCUAUGAAGCCGAGAAAG